AUGAACCACCAAAGAUACAACGAUUAUUAUCUAGUGAAUGAUGAAGACAUGGGAGAAGACACUGACAGCAUCGAAUUCAUGCCCAGACAAAAGUGUUGUACACUAAAAAAAUGCUUAAUUAUUUCUGCAAUUAGCUUUGUAUCCUUGGCUGUUCUAGCUUUUAUAGUAGUCUUUGUUAUAUUUCCUUUGGUAUUCCAAAACAGCUUGUCUUUGCAACAAGAUUUGGUGUUUACAAGAUGGGGUCUAGAAACAAAUAGUACAGUUUUCCAAAUCCUCAGAUUUCCCGAAUACAAAAACUACUAUGUACCAGUUAAAGAUCUAGCCACAAACGAAACCUUAAAAUUAGGCCUUUGGCACAUACUGCCCUUUGAUUUGGCAAAAGCAGCCAUUUACAACGACACAUAUGACUAUGAGGAUGCUUUAAAAAAUAGCAAUUACAGCGUAUUGCUUUAUUUUCACGGCACUGGUGAGGAUAGGAGCGACAAUUUGAGAAAAUAUCAAUUUUUUAGGACUUUUUUUCACGUUAUUGUAUUUGAUUAUAGAGGGUAUGGAGACUCUCAAGCUGGUACAAUGCUUGAAAAAAACAUUGUCAACGAUUGUCGUCAAAUUUAUCAGUGGCUCCAGGAGAAAACAUCAGCCCUCUUGUUUGUUUGGGGUCACUCUCUAGGCACAUCUUUAGCUGUCAGCACUUUGAGUCAGCUUGGACAAGAGGCCAACACAACCGGGCUUAUUUUAGAGGCAGCUUUUACUUCUUUUGCAGAAGAACUCUACCACCAUCCUUAUGUAAAAUACUUUAGAUGGCUGCCUUGGUUUAAACAAACCAUUGUAAACCCACUCAGAAAAAAUGGUUUUUUGUUUGAGACUUCUAAGCAUAUUUUAAAUGUUACUUGUCCUAUUUUGUUUUUGCAUGCAAUUGAUGACGCAGUUGUUCCAUAUUUUAUGAGCAAACAGCUCUAUAAUAUCUCUAUGCAAAGAAAUGUGGAUGAAGAAGUUAAAAAUAAUACCCAGCUAGUACUAUUUGAUAAAAGACUCAAUUUGAGACAUUAUUUUAUUUAUCAGGAUUCUUAUACAAUUUUUUAUUUCUAUAAUUUUAUGAGACACUUUACAGGUUUCCCUGUCUCAACUAAUGAAAGCUCACAUCAAAGUUAA